GAAGGGAAGCAAUUUCUCAUCCAAUAAUACACGCAGAUCAAAUCAUAAAGUUCUUGGGAUAUGUUAUCUGUUUACAGCACAGCAGCCUGAUAUCCAUAUCUCUCCUACUAAGACUACUCGUCUCGAUCAGACCAGUUGUAGAUUUGGAUACUGCCUAGCCAAUGAUGGAGAAGCAGAUCAAUAUUGACGUUGACCAAGUUUUAGCAUCUUCAAUCCGAAGGAAAUUGGUUCAGAACUCUCCGGUUUCUGCAGGUUGCUGCAUAUUUAGAGUUCCCAAUACACUUAGGAAACAUAAUGAGCAGCUUUUCGAGCCAACAUUUAUUUCAAUCGGUCCAUAUCAUCGAGAUAUACAGAAGUUCCAAUUUACUGAAAAGAUCAAGCUCUGGUACUUGGAUUGUCUUAUUGCUCGAGCACCAACUCCUGAGACAAGUUUGGAAUGUUUCAUCAAAUCCAUUAGAGCAAAUGUAAAAAGUUGCCUGGAAUGCUAUGGAGAAGAAGUACUGAAAUUGACUAAUGAUGAAUUUGUGGAGAUUAUGGUCAUCGAUGGCUGCUUUAUUAUAGAGUUUUUUCGUAGAAAUGCCAAUAUAGUGCCAAAAAGUAUGGAUGACCCUUUGUUUAAAAUGCUUUGGGUGCGAAAAGUUCUAGUGACCGACUUCUUGUUACUUGAGAAUCAGCUUCCUUGGUUUGUCUUGGAAUGCUUGUUCAACCUCACCGAGACCAGUCAUGAUGAGGAAAGGCGUCCCCUUUCGCAGCUUGCUUACAAUUACUUCCAUCGGAAUGCUUUCAAGACAGAAAUGAUUGAAGUUAACCAGAGACUCCAAAACAAGCAUUUACUAGACUUGCUAAGGAACAUCAUACUCCGUGGAAGUGAAGAUCCUCAAGAAAAAGGUUUCUUGCCAAUUCCAUGUGUGACAGAGCUUCUGCAAGCUGGAGUUGACUUUGCAGUAGGAGAAAAGACCAGCUUAAUGAAGAUAACAUUCGAAAAUGGAAUAUUGACAAUCCCUCCAUUAGUAAUUUUAGACAAUGCAGAAUCUUUCUUUCGCAACCUAAUUGCAUACGAGCAGUGCGACAGAAGUCUGAAUGAUGGAGUUACAGCAUAUGCUGCAUUUUUAGACAAUCUCGUAAACUCAAGUGAGGACCUUGAGUAUCUGCGCCAAAAGGGAAUUAUAAUUUGUUACUUGAGCACGGAGGACGUGUCUGCUUUCUUCAACAGGCUUUACAAUGACGCUCAUUUGACACGUUAUCCUUAUAGAAAGAUUUCAGAGCGAAUUGUUACUCAUUACCAAUCUCGUUGGCCUCGAUGGCGAGCAAAAUUGUGUCGAGAUUACUUUAACAGUCCAUGGGCAAUCAUCUCCCUCAUUGGUGCCAUCAUUAUUUUGGUUCUCACCUUCUUGCAAACGCUUUAUGCCAUGUUUUAAACCUACGUCUCUAUUACUUUCCUUGCUGUUCUGUUCUUUUUAGCUUUUUCGUUUUGGACUUACUAUAUAGCUCUUAUUGGACUUACAAACGCUUUUCGUGCAAUUUUUGGGCUUGGGCCUUCUAUUUGGGUUGGGUAGUGUAGUUGCUGGAUCUUUAGUUUGUUUAUUGUACAUCAUUUUCUCUUGGGCUGCCCAAUGAG